UAUCUCGCAAGAGAACAACUAAUAUGAUAUCAAAUCACCCUCAACUUGAGAGAGAGAGAGAGAGAGAGAAGUGGAUGAUGGAGAGAGAGGAAGAGAAAGAGGUGGUUGGUGUGAGUGUGCUGCACGGUGGUAUGAUCAUAACGAUGGACGAGGAGCAGCGAGUGUAUAGGGACGGGGGAAUCGUGGUUGAACAUGAUAAAAUCAAAGCAAUCGGACAAUCUGCUGAUAUCCUUGCGGAGUUUUCUGAUGUCGCCGACAGUAUUGUUGAUCUGAGCGGACAUAUCUUACUCCCAGGAUUUAUUAACACCCACGUUCAUAGCUCCCAACAAAUGGCCAGAGGCAUAGCAGACGAUGUGGAUUUAAUGACCUGGCUGCAUGAGCGCAUCUGGCCUUACGAAUCGAACAUGAGCGAACAGGAUUCGUACCUCUCUACUUUGCUUUGUGGGAUUGAACUCAUUCACUCCGGUGUAACCUGUUUUGCGGAAGCUGGGGGCCAGCAUGUUUCUGGGAUGGCUAGAGCAGUUGGCUUACUGGGUUUGCGAGCUUGCUUAACCCAAUCAACCAUGGACUCUGGCCACGGUUUGCCCCCAUCCUGGGCCACUCGAACCACUCACCAAUGCAUUCAGUCUCAAAAGGACAAUUAUCACAAGUACCACAAUACAGCCCAAGGCCGCAUCAGAAUCUGGUUCGCGAUUAGGCAAAUCAUGAACUCUACUCCUCGCUUACUUAUUCAAACAAGAGAUGCUGCAACACAACUCAAUACUGGAAUACACAUGCAUGUUGCAGAGAUACCACAUGAGAACCAACUAGUUAUGGAUGUUCACAAAAUAGAUCACGGAACUGUUACAUACUUGGACAAGAUAAAUUUCCUUCAAAACAAUCUGUUAGCAGCUCACUCAGUUUGGAUCGAUAAUAAUGAGAUAUCUCUUCUUUCACGAGCAGGGGUCAAAGUGUCUCACUGUCCUGCUGCUGCAAUGCGAAUGCUUGGAUUUGCACCAGUAAGGGAGAUGCUUGAUGCUGGCAUCUGUGUCUCCCUGGGAACAGAUGGGGCCCCAUCAAACAAUCGCAUGAGCAUCGUUGACGAAAUGUACCUAGCUUCUCUAAUUAACAAAGGACGGGGAGUUUAUGCUAAUGGAACUACAGAUCCAACUGCAUUGCCUGCUGAAACUAUUCUUAGGAUGGUUACUGUCAAUGGUGCAAAGUCAGUAUUAUGGGAUGAUGAACUAGGUUCUCUUGAGGUUGGGAAAAAGGCUGACAUUGUUGUAGUGGAUCCUUCGUCUUGGUCUAUGGUUCCUGUUCAUGACUGCAUUUCUAGCUUAGUGUAUUGUAUGCGAUCAGAAAAUGUGGUUUCCGUCAUGUGCAAUGGAUUAUGGAUAAUGAAGAACAAGAAGAUUAUAUAUGUGGACGAGGAAGAAGUUAUUUUGAAGGCAAAACAGGCUUCAGUUGAACUUCUGAAGAGGGCAGGCAUAAAAUUACCAACCAGAAUGAACAUAAUUUAACUGUUGUUUAUCAGUAUAUUGUCUAUGAUAAGCGCUUGUAUCCAUUGAACUUGUUUCCAAGAGGCGUCAACUGUUUGAUGCUAAGCGUAUGACGGUGCAAUCAUGAUCUGGCCAUUGGAUCUUUGAAUAUUAUUUAGCUUUUCAAUUAUCUUUUUUUUUCUUCUA